AUGGUGAAAUGGACCGAAGAGGAGCGCGAGACCAUCAGAUCAGUUUGGGAGAAAGUUGACAUCGAUGAGACUGGGCCACAGCUUAUAGCGAGAGCUCUCAUCGUGUAUCCCUGGACUGAGAGAUAUUUCGGCACAUUUGGGGACAUUUUCACCACCAGUGCUAUCCUCAGCAACGCCAAAGUGGCCGCCCAUGGGAAGGUGGUUCUGAGAGCUCUGGACCGAGCCGUGAAGAACCUGGACAACAUGAACGAGACGUACGCUGCUCUCAGCAGGCUGCACUACGAAAACCUCAACGUGGAUCCAGACAACUUCAGACUGCUGGCUGAUUGCAUCACCAUCACCAUCGCCUGCAAGCUGAAGGCUGCGUUGGACCCGCAGGUCCAGGCGACGUGGCAGAAGUUUCUAUCUGCUGUGGUGGACGCCAUGAACAGCCAGUACAAAUAA